AUUACAUUACGCACCGGCACACUAGAGUGGAACAGGUGAGAAGAACUCUAGGUGAGACAACUUUCUCCUCGCACUUGCAACAACGACUAUUUUUGUUGGGUAAUCGUAUUCUUCAUUAUUGCUUAGUUUUGGUAUGUCCGUUAUACUAUUUUGGAUAGAUAGUGGUUCGAAGUUAUGGCAUAGGAAAAAGGUGUGGUUGUUGUGUAAGUGUUGUCUAGGCAACAGGAGUAACGAGUUUCGAUUUUAUUUUAUGAAAGUGGUGUACAUGAAGCAAAUAUGGAGACAUUUUGUAUAUGAAAAUGGAUAUGAGCUUUAAAAUAUGUCUUGCAAUUGCAAUAUGAACAUAUCUGCAAUUAUGUCUCUUUAUGAUGUAUUGACUAUUGAACUGACUUGUGACGGCUUGGUGCGCGUGUACAGUACAUAGUAACAGGUCUCUGGGGGAGGGGUGUAGCCUAGUAACAGGUCUCUGGGGGAGGGGUGUAGCCUAGUAACAGGUCUCUGGGGGAGGGGUGUAGCCUAGUAACAGGUCUCUGGGGGAGGGGGGCAGCCUAGUAACAGGUCUCUGGGGGUGGGGGGCAGCCUAGUAACAGGUCUCUAGGGGAGGGGUGUAGCAUAUUUUGACUUUCUAUUUUCUCCUUGCUUGCUCAUUAUACUUCCUCUGUUGUUGAACCUACAUCUGAAUAUGAAUUAAAUAAGCAGAUGGUGUAUUUUACUCCAGAUUUUACAGUAACACAGAAGACAUGGCCUCAAACACCAAGCCCACAGACCCAAUGGAGGUACUGAGAGGGCAAUGUCUGGCCAGGGGAGCAGCUGGCAUCAAGGGACUGGCAAGGCAAGAAAAACAAAUUAAAAGACAAAGCAAAACAACUAACUUUUUUUUUUUUUUUUUUUUUUUUUAUUACUUUACAAUAACGUUUUCUUAUCUUAUGAUAUUCACUCACAAGUGAAAAUAGUCUGCAUACAAAAAGCCAACAAUAAUUGAUGAUAACUGAUUCAUAAUUGAUUGUUAAGUCGAAUAGAUAUCUAGAGAAAGAUGGUUAAUCCCUCCACAUCGUCUCUCUUCCUCCCCAUCCAUACAGGACGUUCCGCAUCAUGGACGACGAUGGCAGUAAGUCUCUGGACCUGCAGGAGUUCAUUAAGGGACUGGAGGACUAUGGUGUUGUGGUGAGCAGAGAGGAUGCCCAGCAGAUCUUCACACUGUGUGACAAGGACGGCAGUGGCACCAUCAACUUCAACGAGUUUCUGGAGAAUCUGAGGGUAAAAUUAAUAAAGUAGUGACACAAAAACUCAUUGAUUAUGCACAUUUUAUUCAUUGUGCACAGUGUAUAAUAAAUAAAUAAAUAAAUAAUGGUAUAAUAUAAUGGUUCUCGCAUAAUAAUAGUAUUUGAACAAGUCAAAAUACAUGUAAUAAUUGCAUGAUGAAGGUGCAGUGAUGUAUAAUGCUGUUUGCAUGGGUUUGUAUCCGUUUCCUUCAGCCUCCUAUGUCCAGUGCCAGGAUCUCUGUGAUCGGCCAGGCCUUUAAGAAGUUGGACCGGACAGGGGACGGGGUGGUGACGGUGGAGGACCUGAGGGGGGUCUACAACAGCUCACAACACCCCAAAUAUAAGAGCGGGGAGUGGACCGAGGAACAGGUCUUCCUAACCUUCCUCAGCAGCUUUGAUUCCCCCGACAACAAAGACGGAAAGGUGAUAAAUACACUGCUAGCAUGGGUACCAGUCUGUUUGUGCUAACAUUCCACUCCUUGUCACGCAAAAACAGUCUGGCCUUUCUCCAAUCUUCAAAUAUGAACAUUCUAUCAUUAAUGAGCUCAACGAGAACUGAGGAGAACAGAGGAUGCCGUAUCUUAGGCAUAUGGGACAGAGUACAAGGAGUGGAAUGUUAGCACAAAACUGGUCUGGGCCCGGUUGCAUAAAACAUCUUAAGUUAAUUUCCCUCUUAUCUAUUCACUUAAAGUUUCCUUAACUUUAAGUCAGUUGCACAAAUCAUUUUAAUGCAAAUUUCCCCCUUAAAUGAAAUGAAACAGUUAAGGGUGCCCAUGAGGUCCCUUAAGUGCUUCUUUCAGUAUGAAUAUCAACGUAAACAGCAUUUGUGGAGGUGAAUGUUGCUUUCCUCUGGCCUGGUUUCAAAAGGAAAACAUCCACCAGCUAGCUAGCUAGGUAGCUAAUCAAGGUGCACAAUCCAUGGCUACGUAGCUAGCUGGUUAACUAGCUACCUACUCUGUAAGUUAGCUUGACCUGCUAGAAAGGAAUAGAAACAAGUUGAGAAAAAAGUAACAAAAAUCAAUAUGUUUUAUUAUCUUCUAAAUCAAUAUGUUUUAUUAUCUUCUAAAUCAAUUUGUUUCUCCUGUCUUGAACAGUGAAUCAGGUCAUCUCCAUGGUAACCAGAGACUCUUUCUGCCUUACUGCAUUCAAACUACCGUAAAACCCUUAAAUGAUGCCCCUUACCUUAGGACGUUGCAGUGGUUCUCUGCAACGACCUUAAACAAUUCCCUUAGGUAAGGGGAAAUUAUUCCUUAAGGUAAACCCUUAAGGGAAACACUUAAGAUGUUUUAUGCAACCAGGCCCCGGAUUUCAGGCUAAUUAAUUGUAGAUGAUAUGACAUAAAAAAUGAAGAAGAAAAAAACUACAUUUUACUGAACUUAUCAAUGCUCAGGAUAAGACCUAGAUGCAGACAGUUCGAAAUAGCAAAACGUUUAUUUACAAAAAACAGGGGGCAGGCAAACGACAGGUCAAGGGCAGGCAGAGGUCAGUAAUCCAGAGGAGAGUCCGAAAGGUACAGAAACGGCAGGCAGGCUCAGGGUCGGGGCAGGCAGAGGUCGGUAAUCCAGAACAGUGUCACAAGGUACAGAACGGCAGGCAGGCUCAGGGUCGGGUCAGGGCAGAGGUCGGUAAUCCAGAACAGUGUCACAAGGUACAGAACGGCAGGCAGGCUCAGGGUCGGGUCAGAGCAGGGCAGGCAGAAUGGUGCAAAACAGGAGUACGGGAAAAACCGCGGGUAAGCUUGAACAGACAAGACGAACUGGCAACAGACAAACAGAAAACGCAGGUAUAAAUACACAGGGGAUAAUGGAGGGAGAAAUGGGAGACACCUGGUGGGGUGUGGAGACAAGCCCAAAACAGGUGAAACAGAUCAGGGUGUGACAGAACUAUCUACACACAAAAGGAAGGAGCAGAUAUUUUUGGCUUGGUUAUUUGGUUUUGUAUAUUAUGUAAAUUAGUUGUCUUGUCCCCCUCCUGUAGGUAACUCAGGAGGAGUUCAUCAACUACUACAGUGGAGUGAGUGCCUCUAUCGACAGUGACGAAUACUUUGUUACUAUGAUGCAGAAUGCCUGGAAGCUGUAGGCACCACUGGCUAGCUACAUUCAUAUGUAUUCUACUAAUAUAUUUUGCUAAUCAGAAAGAGCAGCUUUGCAUUCAUUUAGGACUUCUGUAUGUGUACAUGUGAGAAAAUAGACAAAUGUUAGUUUAUAGUUUUUCAAUGGAACAGAAUAGCUUUAAAUGCACAGAUACACGCUGUUUCUACUGAAUGAUUUAUAUAAAUAUAUAUAAAUAAAAUAUGAUUAAUCAAGUUUCUUGUCUUGUUGAGCUCUCUCUCACGGUUUAAGCUACAUCAUAAUUAUGCAAAUGUUUGCCAAAUAAACUAUAUUUCUACCAGC